AUGGAUCACAGUGUAAUCUAUUCGACAAUAUACACCUCCGCCAUUGAUGGGAUGCAAAAGGAAUUCGAUGUACCAAGGACUGUCGUAUUGCUAGGAUUGACGACCAAUCUGUUUGGUAUUGCCCUUGGAUCAGUCAUUCUUUCCUCCUUGUCGGAAAUCUACGGUCGUCGUCCACUAUAUCUCAUCUCGGUACUCUUGUUUGGUGUCUUGAUCUUACCCGUGGCUCUCGCCACAAACGUUGAAGCUAUCCUUAUCAGUAGGUUUCUCGGGGGGUUUUUCGGAGGCAGUGUAAUCUCUAGCUCCCCGGGAAGCGUUACUGAUAUAACGGACGAUCGAUAUCGCGCUUUGGCGAUAAGUUGCUGGAGCCUUGGUGCAAUGAACGGCCCGGUACUAGGGGGUAUGAUUGGCGGCUUUGUCUACCAGUAUCUUGGCUGGCGCUGGAUAAAUUGGCUUGUCCUCAUCUGUUCUGGGUUCAAUUUUCUCCUAAUACUUUUAGUCAAAGAGACUUACACGCCGAGUCUUCUUCGGAAACGAACCAAGAGGAUGCAAGAACAGACAGGUGAUCAAAGAUGGUGGUGUCAGUUUGAUCAUAAAGAGGCGGUGACUGGGUUCCAAGUCAUCAAGACAAACCUAGCCCGACCACUUCACAUGAUUGUCUUCGAGCCAAUUGUUUUCUGGAAUCUUUACUUAGGUGUGGUCUAUGCAGUGCUCUUCCUCUGUUUUGUAGCCUACCCGAUAGUAUUUCAAGAGCUUCGUGGCUGGGAACCAGGCCUUGCUGGACUAAGCUACUGUGGUAUUGGAACAGGAACUGCAAUUGCUGUGGCAUCAGAGCCACUUAUUCGGCGAAUUGUCGCUAUGCAUUCUCUAGAUCCAAGAACAGGAUGCCCUGCACCCGAAGCAGCCGUGCUUGCCGUGGGUAUAGGAAGCGUUCUGAUUCCACUUGGGGAGCUUUGGUUCGCCUGGACCGCACAACCAUCAAUGGUCCAUUGGAUAUACCCAAUUCUUGCUGGUAUCCCCUUUGGUCUUGGUAACAGCUUGGUCUUUAUAUAUGCUACCAACUAUAUAGCUGGAAGUUAUACGCAGUAUGCGGCAUCUGCACUUGCCGGUAAUUCGAUUGUGCGAUUUGGUCUUGCUGGACUUCUUCCCCUUGCUGGGUCUAAGAUGUAUAGCACUUUAGGUGCUAAAUGGGCUGGGACAACGCUAGCUCUCAUCGAAGUCAUGUUGAUUCCGAUCCCUUUCGUCUUCUACAAAUACGGCGACAAGAUCAGAAUGCGAAGCCACAUGAUCCCCAAGACAUUUGAAGGACCCAGAUAG